CUCCACCUCUCUCAUUCUUCUCUCUCUGGUUUUUCUGCUUCCAAACAAACACCUUCUUCCAGGCUGAAGUUGGGCUGGUCUCCCUAGGAGCAGCAGCCACAACAAUCCCGCAGUUCAAAGUUAGGCAGCAAUUACACAACUUCCAGCAACUCUCUCAGCCGGCUGCUAAUGAGCUGAAAGCCAGGAACAUCUGAGGAGGUGAAAAGGAAGAGUCCAGCCCUCCUCCUUUCACCGGAGGGAUCCAGGCACCCCUCCCCAGACCCAGAUCACUUUUCUUAAGGACUGUGUUUUCUUUGCUUGCCUUGCCGGACAGACCAUGGCUCCCUUUGGAAGAAACUUAUUGAAGACGCGACAUAAGAACAGAUCUCCAACUAAAGACAUGGAUUCCGAAGAGAAGGAAAUUGUGGUUUGGGUUUGCCAGGAGGAAAAGAUUGUCUGUGGAUUAACUAAACGCACCACCUCCACCGAGGUCGUCCAGGCUUUGCUGGAGGAGCAUGAAGCUACCUUUGGAGAGAAGCGGAUUCUGCUGGGCAAAGCCAGCGACUACUGCAUCGUGGAGAAGUGGCGGGGCUCAGAGCGGGCGCUUCCUCCCCUGACCAGGAUCCUGAAGUUGUGGAAGGCUUGGGGAGAUGAGCAAGCCAAUAUGCAGUUUGUUUUGGUUAAAGCGGACGCCUUUCUCCCCGUUCCCCUGUGGAGGACAGCGGAAACUAAACUUGUGCCAAACAGUGAGAAGCCAUGGGAGCUCAGCCCGGCCAAUUACAUGAAAACUUUACCACCUGAUAAACAAAAACGAAUCGUCCGGAAAACCUUUCGGAAACUGGCGAAAAUUAAGCAGGACACGGUUUCCCAGGAUCGAGACAGCAUGGAGACGUUAGUUCAUCUAAUUAUUUCUCAGGAUCAUACCAUUCACCAGCAAGUACAAAGAAUGAAAGAGUUAGAUAUGGAAAUUGAAAAAUGUGAAGCUAAGAUCCACCUGGACCGGGUAGGGCAUGACGGGGACAAUUACGUUCAGGAGGCGUAUUUAAUGCCCAGGUUCAGUGAAAAUGAGCCUCAGCUGGAUUUUCCACCUGAGGACAGCCAGGCUCCGAUGGACCUGAACAACAGCGAGGGGAUGGCUCAGCUGGAAGAACGUUUGCAGUACUACAGGGUGCUCAUCGAAAAGCUCUCCGCGGAAAUUGAGAGAGAGGUGAAAAACUCGGGCGUCGAAGGAAGUGAAGAUGCAGAGGGGGCAGCGGCCUGGGAACUCGAAAACUCUGAUUUAGAGAACAUGAAGUGCGAUUUGGAGAAGAGCAUGCAAGCUGGUCUGAAAAUCCACUCUCACUUGAGCGGCAUCCAGAGAGAGAUUAAAUACAGUGACUCACUGCUCCAGAUGAAAGCAAGGGAAUAUGAACUUCUAGCCAAGGAGUUCAGUUCGCUUCACCUUGGCAACAAAGAUGGAUGCCAGCUAAAAGAAAAUAGAGGAAAGGAAUCCGGGGCUCCCAGCAGCGGCGAGGAGGUCCCUCCAUUAACUCCAAGGGUGUUGAACACAUACACAAAUGACACAGAUUCGGAUACUGGCAUCAGCUCCAACCACAGCCAGGACUCGGAAACGACUCUGGGCGAUGUGCUGCUGUUGUCAACGUAACUCAGAUGCCUUCCUUCUGACAAUGACUCAUGUUUUGUGUGAUUGAACUAGAAACUCUGUUCCACAUAUGACUCUGUGAAAGUGUAAAUCGUGCUAAAAUAUCCAGUAGUUAAUAAAAAAAAAAAAAAAGCUAGUGAACAUUGUUGUUCGUUUACAUAUAGUGCUUCCAGUUUGACUUACUUACAGGUUCAAGCAAGGAACUGUGUAUUGGGGAUGCAGCAGAUCUAGUCCGUGGUUACAUAACACAGAAACAAUGUAAUGGGAAUUGAUUGACAGUUCCCCACAUGAGACAGGAAUGACAUGAACUUGAAAACAGUUCUCAACUUUGUUGAUCAAACUAUCCAUGCCCUAAGCUGACAACAUUGUAUCAUUAGAAUGUUUAGAGUCUAUAAAGUACAAGUCUGCUCCUAUCAUAGAUGGAUUAAUUCAAAUCUUACUUUUUAAAUAGUCAGAUUGUAAAAUGUACUGUGCGUGUGUGUCUGUGUGUGUCGCUUCCUGACUGCUCUCUGUUUAAGUCUGAGGGACAGGAAGCUGUUGGGACAUGCAUAAUUCCUGACAGUGAACCAGUUUGGGCACAGAAGUGGCAAUGUCAAGUGCUAUAGACAUUCAGCUUUCUUCCCCCGAAGCACAUCUAACAUGAUCACGAGCUAUACAUAAAUUCUUACUAUCUACCCAUUAGAUCUGUCAAAGGAUGCUCUAGGUUCAUUAUUUUGGAAGUUAGAGUGCAGGUUACUGAAGAACUCAGUCAUUAGUGUAUUUAUACCCUCUCAACUGCAUACAGUGAAGUGGAAUUUACUGUCCUUUGUGUAUAUAGCAGUGUUUUGUUCUCUGUGAACAGAGUAGAAUUGAAUGUUUAUUCUAGGAUCCUGUAACCCUGCUGUCAGGAUUUCCAGGGUGGUUAAAAGAGCUCAGUACUUUUACGCUGUCCUAAGCACACUAAGGGAAAUUUAAGAGAUCGAAUGGAUUAUCUGGAUUCUGUCUUCACUCUCAAUUAGAAUGUUUUGCUUGAUUUUAAAACGGACAUUUACCCUCCUGCUAGCUUAUUUUUUCUUCUCAUCUCACUUUUCCUUUACCCUUCUUCAAAGCUAAGACAGGAUGCCAUCAGAGCCAAAAUAGUUAAUUUACUAUUUUGUCGUGAACUGAAUAUAGGUGUACCUUAGUUUUCUUUAGUUAGCCAAUUUCACACAGAUCGGGCUACAUAGAGCAGACAUGUUAGUUGAUGUAUUUAUAGUAUGUAUAUGCAUUAAAUAUUAUUCCUAGAACAUUUCUCUUUUAUACAAAUUGAUGCAAACUUUAACUGUUUUUUCUUUUAAAGUUUGAAAGUUUUAAAGAUUUUACCAGUUUUAUUGUGGACUCAAAGUCUUUAAUUUGCUCUUUCCAAAUGUCGUGCCUCCCCCAACGCCCACCCCUUGCUUUACUUGCUUCCUGUAUCUUUGGGAAGAUGCUUGAAUUUCCAUAGAGUUUUACAACUCGGAAGCACCUCUGCUACCUUUUUUUUUAAAAAAAAAUAUAAUUUCAGGCAAUACAAUAAGAAUUUCUAUUCCAGGGAAUACUGGAAUAAAUAAUAAGUAAUCACGUUCACAUAAAUUAUAUUUUUAAAGGAAGAAUGGAGCAGUCGUUUGUGAAAGGGGCGUUCACCUGGUUAACAGUCCAUUAGAUCACUAAAACAUAUGUUAAAGUGUUGAACAUAUUUAUUGUUACCAAUAGAGAUCAAAUUCAGAAGACUAUCAUAAAUAAUAAGCCAUUUGGUUCUUUGUCUCCCUGAAAGGAAAGUUUUCUCUUUGGAGUUUGUGUCUAGUAAGAAUAUAAACGUUGCACAUCGUAGUAUGCAACUGGAUAGCAGUACCUAAAUUCAAAAGUAGUCAUGCUAUGAAUUGUCACAGGAUUUCACUGUAAGGAGGGUUUCAAGACAGGUUUUCUCUGUUAUUUCGGAGCCUGUCCUGGUACUUGCUCUGUAGAUCAGGCUGACUUCAAAUGAGCUCACAGAGAUUCCCCUGUCUCUCUGCAUUUUACUUUUAAGAAUGUUUAAAACACGUUGUAGAAUGCUGACUCCUUAUACGUCUUGUACUUUCCUUCAUCAUUAAAAUAUAUUUGUAUCCUUGGUUGUUACAUUAAGUCACAUAGUAAUUGGUUUCCACUGUGAAAUUCUAAUAGAGUUCAAUAUAACCAUAUUUAUGCGGAUAGAAAUCAUGAAUGAUCUCAUGGGUACUAUGGUAUUUAUUGUUCAAUUGAUGGUUAAGCUUAUAAAUACAGGACUUGAAAGUUUAAUGCUUUAAUUAUCUUGAGAAACUUAGUGAAUUACAAACCCUUAAGUAGCCUAGCAGAUUAAUCACGAAUUAGCCAUAUGCAGCUAGAAGAGGCAAGCCACAGCUGAGGAUACUUACUUUUCCCAGGACUAGGUUCUAGAGCACGCCUUCUGCACUCAUUUGCUCAGGGGGCCUCUUCCUCUCUGCUCUUACUUUACACCAAACACUGCUGACUUUCUUUUCUUUCCUUUUUGUCUUUCUCGGUUUUUCUUUUUUACUUUUUCUCUUCUUUGUUUUCUUUUGUUUUUCAAGAGAGGGUUUCUCUGUGUAGCCCUGGCUGUUCUGAGACUCCCACUGUAGAACUCAACCUCCCAAGUGCUGUGUGCCACCACACCCAGCAAAUAUCUACAUUCAAAGUACUUUAAGUCUUAACAAUUGUGUUCCAUUUUGGCAGUUCUAAUCUAUUAUGCUAGGUGUAUUUCUUUUUGGCUUCUCUUAUAUAAUCUGUUGUAUAUAUUUAUGUAACCAUUUAACUCCACUCACCCAGCAGAGUUUUUAUCUUGUUCUUUUGUUAUCUGCCUUUCUAACUUAAUUAGUAAUUACCAAUUUCUUAGGUUCUUGUUUCAUUAGUGGAGUAAAUUGCUACUUGUAAAGGGUUUUAACAUGUUUUAUGAUUUUUACAUUGUAUUUACUUGUGCAAUUUGUAUAUAAACAUGCAUAUAAGCAGGUAUAACAAUAUUAACUGGCAUUCUACUUAUAAAUUUAGGCAAUAAAUACUAAAUAUUUACAGGACAUCAUUUUUGAUUAACAUAAAAGUAUACAUUAUUAGGGGCCCUAUGUGGUAGUUCAGUACAUAUAUGCAUUGUAUAAAAAUUAAGUCAGAAAAAAACAUUCACUUAUUUUAUUAAGAGUUUGUGCUUUAAACAACUCAUAUGCCUUUUAAUUUAAUGGCAAUGUUAUAACAUCUAUGUAGAUGAAAGUAUUUGUCCCACCACCAACUCAUAAAUAAAUACACUGAAGAUUGUAUUACUUACAAAUACUCAUCCAAUAGCUCAGGCAUAUUGCUAAGUAGUUCUUACAAGUUAAAUUAAUUCAUGCACAUCUAAACAUUGUGCAUAUAGAAGAGUAAAAUUUCAUAGCAUUGAGUUUGAAGUAGUAGAUACUCCAGAACUUUUAAAUGAAUAAAUUAAAUCUCUGCAUCAUUUUUGUUUUUAAUUGCAAAUUAUGAUGCUGUAAUAUUAUAAAAAACCUUCCUAACCCUUUAAAUUUUUAUUUUUGUAUUUAUUUAAACUGUAUAUGACAAAAUAUAUUUCUGUGGCUGCAUUUUAUAAUUUUUAGAGUAGAGUUAUUGUUAUAUUUAAAACAUAUUUUUCUAGUGACAAAGGAAUACAGUUUCACCCUGAUAUAGCUUUUGAAAUAACAUUGAACUGCUUCUUUUCAUAUUGUCUUACUGGUUUGGUAAACUUCAUGUGAUAAACACAAAGUUUUAUUUCUUCAAGUUAUAACUGAUCCAGAAAAAUAAAAGAUUAUUGUAUCCUG